ACUCAGCACAGAAAUCCUACUAUGGCGCCUACAACCACCGCCACAAUGACCAACUCUAAGGAGCACCUGGCUCUGAACCACAAGCUCAGAAAGCCUCUGGUAGAAAAAUUACGAAGAGAGCGAAUCAACAGCAGCAUCGAGCAGCUCAACUCUCUCCUGGGUCCAGAGUUCCUCAACCAGCAGCCAGAGUCCAAGCUGGAGAAAGCAGACAUCCUGGAAAUGACAGUUUGCUUCCUGACCAAGCUGCUGCAGCAGAACCAGCAGCAGAAAAAACAGCUGAACCGACUUAAAAACCCCAAGGCUUGUUUUGAUGCCAAUGAGGCUGAAGUUUCUCUGAGCUCCUCAGAUCAGACUAAAGCUGAAGAUCCAGAUCCUAACGUUCUAUGGAGGCCUUGGUAGAUGCCUACUGACUCUCUACUAGGCUGACGAAAGCUGAACGAAGAUCACAUUGGUCAAAUAUUACUAGCUUCUUUUAAUAAUGUAUAUAUGUUUUGUUUCUUUUUGGAAAAUUACAUUUUUUUUUUCAUUUUAAGAAAGACAAGAUUUUAUAACACAUGUUGCAUAAAAUUUUACUAAUUGAGUAAGAAUUUUUUUGUUUCUGUGCUAACACUACUGAUAAUAAUAUCGAUAUGAUUCAUUGUGUGCUUACCAAUGAAAAAGACCUUAUUGGUGAAAGAUUGUUGAACUAAAUGUCUUUUUUAGACGUGUUCUACUGUUUCUACAGAAGAAUUGCUUCUAUCUAGGGAGUCUCUUUAUUGACUUGUUUUCAAUGUAAGCUAUACAUUUCUUUUGAAAUAACUAACAGCACUGAUGCAUGUUGCAUGAAGUAAUACUGUUUGCCAAUUAAUUAUGAUUAAUUGAAUUCAGUAAUUGUAAAGAAUCGUGAUCUGUUUCAGGGUCAAAUGAUUGGUGUCCUUUACUUUUUUAGAAAGUCUAAAGUUGUUUUCUUACACGUUUUCUAAAAUGUAAAAGAAUACGAGUUCUGUAAGUUGAUAAUCUUUUAUAAAGGUGUUUCACUCUCUGAGUACACUGUGCCUUUUAAAACCUACAAGUUAUUUGUUUGAUGAUUCAACAGAUUUAUYUGAGACCUCACCACUUCUGCUGGUUAAGUUAAUAAAUGAAAAAUA